UUGAAUGAUUAUGAUCCGUCAGUGAUUGCUCGCGAUGCAAUUCUACUAGAAGUUGCUGGUGUGAUAAAUCCUGAUGUCCCUGCUGAUGUAGACUUCUUGUGGAACAUUUGGUAUAACCUGGCGCUGUCAGUGGCCGACUUCGAUCGACUGCGAAAAGUACUCACUGAACUGUUGGAGAGGGAUUUUGACAGCGACGAAAGUAUCUUAAAGUUUCAAGAUAACAGCGUUCUGCAGGAAUGUCGGGAUAUAUGGAAAGACUGGAGACAUCUCGACCUCGAAGUGAAAAGUGUUAAAGAGGAAAGAAACAACCUGAUAGAGGACAUGAAAAGAGGUAUAGGGUUCUGUGAGGAUUCUCAGUGCCGGUCUAUACUAACUCAUAUGGUAAUGGAGAUCUAUGAAGAGAAACUAGACAAUUUUGUGGAGCCUGCCGCAACAAAUCCACUCUACACGGAAAUACAACACUGGUAUAGAGAAAGUUCCACGAAUGAUGAGUCGGAGAAAACAAAUCCAACUUUGAUUCGUCCAUUUGUUCACAAGUGGAGACAGCAUUAUGGUUCGUGUGCGUUUGUGGGUUAUCCACCAUUGGAAAGGAAAGACCUCGAACAAGGUAAAUCGUGUGCGGAUGUUUGCAAGGAAAAGCUGGCAGUGUGGGUAAAACGAUAUCAGGAGCAAAAUAAGAAUUAUCAAGCAACUCUGAAGGUUACCCUGUGGACCGGCGAUGCCCUUACUUUGUGUACAAGUGGCUUUCCGCCUGACAUGUUAUUCGACGUUAUCGAUACAAGUAAUCUCAGCGAUCACAUUGGUUUGUUGAAUGUCGUUGUCUGCUGUGGCCCGAGGUUAAAAGUGCCAACUGCUUCUCUGUUGUUCACAUCAAGCAUGUUAUGGUGCGGAGAAUGUGACAGUAUAGAGGAGUAUUACAACAAAUGUGUUGGUGUUCCGUUGCAACUUCUCCCGACAGUUCUUGACUUGAAGCUGGCUGUUGAUCUCGAAUUGGGAAGCAAAAAACUUCCGGACAAAGUGGAAGCUACAGAAGAGACUCUUUGCUGGGUCAAGGCGGACCUUAAAAGGACUUUACUGACAAUAGAUAAAACCCCUGACGUUGUUCAAGCGCUACUGAGUCUCACAGAGCGUUGCUUCAAUCUAGCGAACGAGAUGUUUCAUUCCAUUGGCGUCACUUCACCUUCGCCUCUGACCUUGCUUCGAAUUAUUCAUCAGGCACAACCACUCUUCAAAGGAGGAGCCGCUGAGAUAUUUGACAUUCUUGAGAAUAAGCUACCAGCUGACUUUAAGAGGAGGUACGGCCUAUCCUGGAAUUUGUUAAAGGCAUCGUUGGGAAGAACACCAGAGCCCAUUGUUGAAAUAAAAGUUAAGAUCAAGAUUGCAGUCGCGCCCUGGUAUAAGGGAACACCAAAGCCGAUGAUUUACAUUAAGAGUGAUCGCAACAGUGCUGAGGAAGCUCCCUUACAAUGGUCCCUCGCUAUGAGUCUAGCCUCGCAGCCUUCAGUAAUUCACAACAGCUUACGAUAUGAUGAUAAAACCCAAGUGGUGACUUUCCAUCUACGCGAAGAAGACUGGAAUGAGCUUCACUGUUCAUCCAAGAUAUGGAUAUCAUCCAGAGAAUUAAUAAAGGUCAUAACUUGUGAGCCAGUGAGUCUAGCAGACGAUACUGUGAAGAGUGUUCAACGGGUUGAUCCUGUGGAAACAUUUGGUUUGUUUUUCCAAAUUUCACGCAAAGUCGGGAAAAUAUUCUGUGACAUUUCUAAGCGAAGCGAUGGAACAGUGGGAGAGCUUGUAAUACAAAAUUUAGCUCCACUGCCUCUUCAUGCCAUGCCAGAGUGGGAUAGUGAACUCACCGAUAUAAGAAUGCUCGGCAGAAUGUUUCGCACUAAGCUUGAUCUGGAACUGAAAUUACGAAAAGAUAGUGGGCCGCCGUUUUUUGACCUCAGAGAAUCCAUUGCAAACAUUAUACACGAGCACGUGAAGGAGCCUGAGAUUCCCAAGGUACAUUACGUUGACGAACGCGGAAUCGUCCAAGAACCAUAUGGCUCAGCGGAAGACAUGCUGAAGAAGAAAGGCUUCGUUAUCAAAGUGGAAAAACUGUUCAAAAAAGUGGAAGAGAGCAUACAUUCUUAUUCUGCUGAACUUGAGAUACUAGACUUCGCCAUCUGCAAGGCGAAGGCAAUGAAGGUCAGCCAACCAGAUGAGUCUCCAACGGUAGUCCAAAUAGACUUCGAGGGGGCUACAGGGUGGGUAGCACUAACUUCAGCAGUGAUCAUCAAGCACCACUAUGUUAUGAUGACCCACUCAGCAUGUAUUUUUCAUGCUCUAUCGACAUCAACUCAUCCAAGUUCCAAAUUUCAGGCAAAGUCGGGAAAGUAUUUUGCAACAUUUCUAAGCGAAGCGAUGGAACAGUGGGAGAACUUCUGUUCUACAAUGCUUGGCAAAAUGUUUCGCACUGAGCUUGAUCUGGAACUGAAAUUACGAAGAGAUGGUGGCCCGCCGUUUUUUGACCUCAGGGAAUCCAUUGCAGACAUUAUACAUCAUCAUGUGAAGGAGCCUGAGAUUGCCAAAGUACAUUAUGUUGACGAACGAGGAAUCAUCGAAGAACCAUAUGACUCAGCGGAGGACAUGCUUAAGAAGAAAGGUUUCGUUAUCAAAGUGGAAAAACUGUUCAAGUGGAAGAAUUUACCUUUGGCUAAGGUUUUUUUCUGUGAUUGUCAGCGGUUUGCGGACCUGAUUCGCAAGAAUCCGGGAAAUACUCAACUAUUGGCAGAAUACUUCAACCGAAUUUUCCUUCACAAAGUCAACAGACUGGUAGCUGGCCAAGAGGAGAAGGUUUUAUUCCGUAAAAUGAUGUACACAAAUGCAGCCCGAGUUCCUCAAGAUGGUGGCUAUGCUGUGUGGAAGAAUUCUUACAUAUCCCUGUUGUUUCCACGAGAAAGCAUCAAAAGUAUGGCUGCAGCCCUUGCUAUGGAAGGUCCUCUACUUAGUUCUGCUGAACCUGGCCAUAUGGAUGAAUCCUCUUCGUUAGAAGGCAGAUCCGUUUCUUCUGAACAUUCUGCAGGCUUCCUCGACCCAUUUCAGGGUUUAGCUUCCCAUAUGGAUCAAGAGUGCGCCUUUUACCAUUCAAAGAGCGGGAAUUUAAAAAGGUGCCUUGGAUGUAAAAAUGUGCUCUAUUGUGGUAAAACAUGCCAGAAAGAGCACUGGAAGAAACACAAAACUGAAUGCAGAGGUAACAGGAAACUUUGA